AUGAAAGUAUUCUCCGCUCCCAGCAACAGCAACUGCAAUUCCACCUGUUUUACUGCCCUGACCUGUCCUGUCCCUUGGACUCUUGGAGAAGCGAGCGCUACGGAGGUACAGAGGGACGCGUCUUCCACGCGCAUCUUUCGCGUCCCCGGCGCUAAUCAUCCUGGUCUGGUGGAUGAGGCACUUCCCAACUCCCUCUGUCUCCUCCCUCUCCUUCUAAUCAUCACGCCGGGCUCGAGCAGCAGUUUUACCGAUUGCGACGCCGUUUCGGAUGCUGAUGAUGAUGCUGCUGAUGAUGAUGCUGCUGAUGAUGAUGAUGAUGGUGGUGGUGCUCUCAUCAUCAUCCCUCCUCUCACUGGAGAAAAAGGGAAAAGAAGAAAAAAAAAAGAGGCUUCCACGUUCGUCAACAUCCCGGCCUCGGGAGCAGGGGCAUACGGAGCCGGCCGUCUCGCCUUUUUUAGUGUUGACGUCCUACCUCCUACUAGGUAUACUGUACCUGAAAUGAGGGUUCCCUUCCCUUUCCUUCCCUUUGCCGCCAACCGCGAAAAGGAUGUGCAGGUGGGCUUCAGGUUGUUCACAUCACACAAGCACGAGCAUAUCGAUGAUGAUGAUGAUGAUGAUGAUGAUGUCGUGCAAGGUACGGUCGUCUCAUAA